GUUUAAAAACUCUGUUCUCUUACUCUAAACUGGGAAAAUGAGGAAUUUUCCUUAAGUCAUGAAAGUUUUUGAGGAGGAUCACUGUUUAUUCAUACGUCAAAUAAAACUUUUAGUUUAUUUCUAGUUUAUGAAAUAAAACAGUAUUCAUAACAUAGUACAAUAAAGAUGAUUGAAAAAUUGCAAAUUUACUCGGCACAAUUUGAGAGUCUAUAAAACUAUCACAAAUUAUUUUCUCUUUCCUGCCCCCAAAAUGGUUACGAUUAGACACAAAUCAGAAAAAGACGGGGUAAAUUUAUUCUACACUUUCAGGUUUAUCAAUUCUUUCUGGAUGCAGAUAAUGUCCUUUAUAAUAAUUAUUUUAGAUGUUUAUAAUCAGUCUUUUUUUUUUACAGUUUUCAGCAUUCACCUUUGUAAAACAUUGUUCCAAAUUUUUCUUCCUCUCUUCCCCCACCCCCUCUCUUAGAUAGUAAUAGAAUAUAUAUUAGAAUGUGCAAUUCUAUACAUAUUUCCACUAUUAUGCUGCACAAGAAAAAUCAGAAUCCAAAAGGAAAAAAAAACUUCAAUUUUUAUUUUCAUAACAUUUGCAUGCAUGGUUUUUCAACAAAACCUUGUGUUCCAAAUUUCCCCUCCCUCCCCUAGAUGGCAAGUAAUCCAAAAUAUGUUAAACACGGUAAAUCCAAUAUCUGUAUACAUAUUUAUAUAAUUAGCUUGCUGAACAAGAAAAAUCAGAUAAAAAAGAAAAAUGCAAACAACAAAGAGUGACAAUGUAAUGUUGUGAUCCACGCUCAGUUCCCACAGUCCUUUCUCUGGGUGCAGAUGGCUAUCCUUAAGACCAUUGGAAUUGGCCUCAAUCAUCUCAUUGUUGAAAAGAGCCACAUCCAUCAGAAUCGAUCAUUGUAUAAUCUUGUUGUCAUGUAUAAUGAUGUCUUGGUUCUGCUUGCUUCAUAUCAGUUCAUGUAAGUCUGUCCAGGUUUCUUGUUGACCAUUUCUUUUAGAGACAGAAAAUGUUUAUAAACCAACAAAGGUGAAAAUAUUAUGUGAUCUAUAUUCAGUCCCCAGUCCUCUUUCUGGAUGCAUAUGGCUCUCAGACCUUUGUGAAAUCAUCUUGCUGAUAGUUUCUUAUAGAACAAUAAUAUUGCAUAACAUUUAUGUACCAUAACUCAUAAUUCAGCCAUUCUCCAACUGAUGGGCAUCCACUGUUUACAGUUUCUUGCCACUACAGGUAGGGCUGCCCCAUUUUUGCACAUGUAGGUCCUUUUCCUUUUAUGAUUUCUUUGGGAUAUAAGCCCAGUUGAAACACUGCUGGAUCAAAGGGUAUGCAGUUUGACAAACCUUUGAGCAUAAUACCAUAUUGCUGUUCAGAAUGGUUGGAUUAAUUCACAAUUCCACCAAUAUAUUCCUGUCCCAAUUUUCCCACAUCCCCACCUUCAUUCCUGUGAUCUUGGCUAAUUUGAGAAGUGUAGUACCUCAGGGUUAUCUUAAUUUGCAUUUCUCUGAUCAUUCUUAAACCAAUAUUGCUGUGUGUACUGCUUUCUCUUAUUUUCACUCUUCAUUUCUUACAAAUCAUGUUUUUCUAGGGUCACUGAGCAUAUUUAUUGGACUGUAAGUGUAAGAGUUCAAAGAAAGGGAAAGUACAAUGUUUGAAAAUAGAGGAUAAUGGAAGGGACAGUGUUGAAGGAAAUGAUGGAAUGGCAUUGGUAAGGAAUAAGGUUACUUUCUGUGAGGCAAGUGGCAGAAUGCUUUUGAGUGAAAGGAAAUAAAAGGGAAUUCACAGGCAAAAAGCCUCACUUUUUUUUCCCACAUAAAAUCUGAGACAAGGAACUCAGCUGAAAGUAAGAAGAUAGUCAUGGGAGGUUUGAGGAAGAAUGAAAAGAUUUGGAAGAGUUGAAGUAGAGAAUGGAAUAGUGAGUUGUAAGAGGCAAGAUGGAUCACAAAGAAGCAGUGAAGGCCUAGUUGAGGUUGAGUAACAAAUCUGUAGUGGACUUAAUGGGUACUGCAGCAUGUUUUUUAGGAGCAAAGGUGGUUAAUGAUAGUGAUCUAAAGGGUUUUGACAGGACUCGAUUGGUGAAACAAGAAGCCUAAGAAUUAAAGAGAAGAAACAGUAUUGGGUUUAAUUUGUUUACCAAAGAGUCAAGAUCAGGAAAAGAGUGGCUAGUAUUGGGGAUGUAGUUUGGGAGAGACCCAAAGGGUCAAGGAGAAUAGAAGUCAGAUGUAGAUGAAGAAUAGGAUUUUGUAAAAGAAAGCAGAAGUGUAAAGUCAAUCAUAAGGAUUGUAGAUUUUUAGUCAGAAGGAACUUUAAGAGACUCAUCAGAUCCUAUCCCCUCAUUUUACAGAUGAGAAAACCACCACAAAAAGGGCUAAGUGACAAUCUUAAAUGUGUUGAGGUAGGAUUUUAACUCAUUUUUCCAAGAUUAAAUUCCAUUAUGAUUCUUCCUAAAAUGCUUUCCAAUUGGAAGUAUUAUCAUCCAAGGCUAUGUGGACAACAGUCACUUUUUCCAGCAUCAUACCCUGCUCUAGAGCCCAGGUUCUUAAACUAGUUUGUGACCCAUAUAGGAUUUUUUAACUGAAUGGGGAGGAAGGGGUCAAGAAUUUUGAUUUAUUAUCAAUAGAUAUUUGAUUUGUAUACCUACUGCACAUCUGAGGUUACAUAAAAUAUUUCUUGGAUAAAAUGGGGUUGAAAAUGAAAAAAGUUCAAGAAAUCCCUGCUCCAAACUACUUAGGGCUCCUGCUCUCUUGAACCCUUAUAGAGCGUUAUUUCUGGAAUGUUCCAGCCACUUUCCUUCACUUGACUGGUAUGCCCACCUAAUUAAUUUAGAGUCACACAUCCUUUACUUUCUUCCCUGCCAUUUUGGGGACCAAGAUCAAAUCAACUAAUUUUUUCCUUAAUAAUGAGUCAAUUUACUCCCUUUGGCCCCAACCCUCAUCUCUUUUAACUUUAAGUACCAAAUUCCCCCUCCAGGCCACUCAUUAGCUGGUAGGUACUCUUCCCCCAUUAGAAUGUAAACUUUUAAGAGUUGUGUCCAACAGUGACUUCUUUUAGAGUUUUCUUGGCAAAGAUACUGGAGUGUUUUACCAUAUCCUUUUGCAGUUCAUUUUAGAGAGGAGGAAAACUGGGGCAAAGUGGGUUAAAUGACUUGCCCAUGGCUAGUAAAGGUCUGAGGUCAUAAUUGAACUGAGGUCUUCUGGUCUCCAAGGGUAGUGCUCCAUCCCUGGGUCACCUACCUAGCUUUUUUUUUUUUUUUUUAAAUAGCUUUUUAUUUACAAGAUAUAUGCAUGGGUAAUUUUUCAGCAUUGAUAAUUGCAAAACCCUUUGUUCCAAUUUUUCCCUUCCUUUCCCUCCCCCUUACCCCCCAGAUGACUGGUUGACCAAUACACGUUAAACAUAAUAAAACAUAAGUUAAAUACAAUAUAUGUAUACAUAUCCAUAGUUAUUUUGCUGUACAAAAAGAAUCAGGCUUUGAAAUAGUAUACACUUAACCUGUGAAGGAAAUCAAAAAUGCAGGUGGACAAAAAUAGAAGGAUUGGGAAUUCUAUGUAGUGGUUCAUAGUCAUCUCCCCGAAUUUUUUCGCUAGGUGUAACUGGUUCAGUUCAUUACUGCUCGAUUGGAACUGAUUUGGUUCAUCUCAUUGUUGAAGAGGACCAUGUCCAUCAGAAUUGAUCAUCAUAUAGUAUUUUUUUUUCAUUAUUAAAGCUUUUUAUUUUUCAAAACAUAUGCAUGGAUCAUUUUUCAACAUUAACCCUUGCAAAAACUUGUGUUCCAAUUUCCCCCUUGUGUUGCAAUUUCUCCUCUUCCCCCACCCUCUCCCCUAGAUGUCUAGUGGUCCAAUAUAUAUUAAACAUGGUAGAAAUAUAUGUAUACAUAUUUAUACAGUUAUCUUGCUGCACAAGAAAAAUCAAAUCAAACCAGAAAAAAAAAUCAUAUAGUAUUGUUGUUGAAGUAUGUAAUGAUCCCCUGGUCCUGCUCAUUUCACUUAGCAUCAGUUCAUGUAACUGAUUGGGGAAGUUUCCAGGUCUUUUUGAAAUCAUCCUGCUGGUCAUUUUUUACAGAACAAUAAUAUUCCAUAAUAUUCAUAUAUCACAAUUUAUUCAGACAUUCUCCAAUUGAUGGGCAUCCACUCAGUUUCCAGUUUCUGGCCACUACAAAGAGAGCUGCCUCAAAUAUUCUUACACAUACAGGUCCUUUUCCCUUCUUUAAAAUCUCUUUGGGAUAUAAGCCCAAUAGAAACACUGCUGGGUCAAAGGGUAUGCACAGUUUGUAACUUUUUGCGCAGUUUCAAAUUGCUCUCCAGAAUGGUUGGAUGCAUUCACAAUUCCACCAACAAUGUAUCAGAGUCCCAGUUUUCCCACAUCCCCUCCAACACCAAUCUGACAGAUGUAUAGUGAUAUCUCAAAGUUGUCUUAAUUUGCAUUUCUUUGAUUAAUGACUUGGAGCAUCUUUUCAUAUGGCUAGAAAUAGUUUCAAUUUCUUUAUCUGAGAAUGGUCUGUUCAUAUCCUUUGACCAUUUAUCAAUUGGAGAAUGGCUUAAUUUCUUAUAGAGUCAAUUCUCUAUAUAUUUGGGAAAUGAGGCCUUUAUCAGAACUUUUGUAAAAAAUGUUUUCUCAGUUUAUUGCUUCCCUUCUAAUCUUGUCUGCAUUAGUUUUGUUUGUACAAAAACUUUUCAAUUUGAUAUAAUCAACAUUUUCUAUUUUGUGAUCAAUAAUGAUCUCUAGUUCUUUUUUGGUCAUAAAUUCCUCCCUCUUCCACAGGUCUGAGAGAUAAACUAUCCUAUAUUCUUCUAAUUUAUUUAUAAUCUCAUUCUUUAUGCCUAGGUCAUGAAUCCAUUUUGACCUUAUUUUGGUGUAUGGUGUUAAGUGUGGGUCAAUGCCUAGUUUCUGGCAUACUAAUUUUCAAUUUUCCCAGCAGUUUUUGUCAAACAGUAAGUUCUUAUCCCAAAAGCUGGGGUCUUUGGGUUUGUCAAACGCUAAAUUAUUAAAGUUAUUGAAUGUUUUAUCCUUUGAACCUAACCUAUUACACUGAUCAACUAGUCUAUUUCUUAGUCAAUACCAAAUAGUUUUGGUAACUGCUACUUUAUAAUAUAAUUUUAGAUCUGGUACAGCUAGGCCACCUUGAUUUGAUUUUUUUUUUCUCAUUAGUUCCUUUGAAAUUGUUGACCUUUUGUUUUUCCAUAUGAACUUUGUUAUUUUUUCUAAGUCAUUAAAAUAGUUUUUUAGGAGUCUGAUUGGUAUAUCACUAAAUAAAUAGAUUAAUUUAGAUUGUCAUCUUUAUUUGAUUGGUCUCUACCUAGCUUUUUUAAUAGCAUCUCAGUUUUUAGUACUUUAGAAAGUUUAUAAGUAUCUAUCAGCAGUAAGAGGAGAUCAGAAGAAAUGAGAUUAAAUUGUAAUAAAAAGGGUGAGGUUAAUUUGCUUAUCAUUCUUUCCUGGAACAAAAGAAAGGAGGAUAGAAUUUUGUUGCUCUAAGAUUAGGUUAGGUAAAAGCUGAUCUAAGACUUUCAACAUUGAUUCUUUUUUUAUUAUUGCUUUUAAUUUGCAAAAUGUGCAUGGGUAGUUUUUCAACACUGACCCUUGCAAAACCUGUUCCAACUUUUCCCCUCCUUCCCUCUACCUCCUCCCCUAGAUGUCAGGUAGUCCAUACAUGUUAAAGUAUAUUCAACAUUGAUUCUUACAAAACUUUGUAUUCCAAAUUUUUCCCUGCCUCCUCCCCACUCCUAAAUGUAAGUAAUCCAAUACAUGUUAAACAUGUUUUAAAAAUUUAUGGUAAAUCCAAUAUUUGAAUACAUAUUUAUACAAUUAUCAUGUUGCACAAGAAAAAUCAGAUGAAAAAGGGGGAAAAAAUGAGAGAAAACAAAAUGCAAGCAAACAACAUAAAGUGAAAAUGCUAGUUUGUGAUCCACAUUCCGUUCCCACAGUCUUCUAGAUGCAGAUGGCUCUCUUCAUCACAAGAUCAUUGGAACAGGCCUCAAUCAUCUCAUUAAUAAAAAGAGCCACAUGCACCAGAAUUGAACUUCGUAUAAUCUUUUCCUGUGUACAAUGAACUCCCGGUUAUGCUCAUUUUCAAGUGGUUUUUUAAAAGAUGAUAAUACUUAUAUCAUGCCAAUCUCAUUUAAUAGGAAACAGCUCAGGAUAGUAAAUAAAGAGCUAGCCUAAGGAGGACCUGGUUUCAGUUAAUGGGUUCAAAAUGGAUCACUGACAAGAGUGGCAUAGUAUACUUGAAAAAAAUCACCGAACCUGUCAAUGCUCAGUCAAUUUUCUAGGACAGAAAUUACAAAACCAUCUUUCCUUUGAUACAGCCAAUGAGAACAAUCAUACGGGCUUCUCUUUGUUGGGAACAUUUCUCAGCAAUGAAAUUACAGGUCCCAAAGCAAAACAACUAAGUGGAUGGGGAGAGAUUUUAAUAAGGAUACUCAAGGAGCAAGUGUGUCUUAGUACUUUGUGUUGGAAUCCUUAACCUUUUUGUGUUGCCUUAGCAAUCUGGUGAAUCCCUUCUCAGAAUGUUUUUAAAUGCAUAAAAACGCAUAUAGAAUUAAUAAGGAAACCAAUUAUACACAAAUACCUGUAGAUAUCUACUAUUAAUAAAGACACGUAUCUUAUUUAAGACCCUAUUCAAAUGCUAGUGUAAGUUAAAGGACCGACUAAUAAAUCUAAACUAUGUGAUAUGACUGAAAGCAAAGAGAUUUUGAAUCUGGAGAUCCAAAGUCUCUCUAAAAAAACAAAUCUAUUUUUAUUAGCCUUUUGUUUACUCCUCUUCCCAUAAGAGCCAUCUUUUUAAGAUGUCUCUUUUUGGCCACAAAUUGGCCUUCCCUCCUUAAAAUCUCCUUAUAUCUGAUUUAAAAAAAAAAAAAAAACUUUUAAGAAGUACUUUUAAAAAAGAAAAAGAGGGAGGAAACAAAAGAAUCAGCAAAACCAAUCAGUACAUCGAAAAAACAUCUGACUAGGUUUUUGGAGAUCCUCCCCACCUCGGGAAAGUGUGGGAUAGGGGCCGGCACCUCCUUCAUUCUGUAAUGGGUGGGGGAAAAGAGAUGGGAUAAAAGCGUAUCUACUUAUCUGUUUUUACCUCCCAGUUCCUUAAAAACUGGGAGUUUCUGGUUACUGCCGGAACAACAGCCUUCACUCAUUGCAAAAAAGAGGAAAAUCAAAAGUGCCAGGAUUUAAGAUGGCCAAUCAAAAGCACUACCGGUCCUAGCCUGCCCACUUCCAACAUGACAGCCAUGCGUCUUGAAGUUUAUUCGUGCCUCUUCAGGUAGAGUACGCACCACUCGAGAGCGAACGCCGUCCUUUUGGCCUACGUCACUUCCGGUGGUGCAGCAGCCAUUUUGUCAGCCACAAGCGGAUCCCGCGCGCUGGGGAAGUGCAGUUCCCCCUGGUUACAAACCCUCCGGUCACCGCCCCCCACCCCCUUCACCCCCUCCCGCGGGCGCCGUCGGAGGGGAGGCCGGACAGGAAGAAUAGCCUUCCUCAGGGCCAGUGUGCCCUACAGUUGUCACAGGCCAGAACCUGAGGCAAAGCGGCCAGGUGAUCGAGUCGUCCGGGAUGUCGAGCGAGGAGAGCUACCGGGCCAUCCUGCGCUACCUGACGAACGAGCGAGAGCCGUACGCACCGGGCACUGAGGGCAACGCCAAGCGCAAGAUCCGCAAGGCCGCCGCCUGCUAUGUGGUGCGCGGUGGGACCCUCUACUACCAGCGACGGCAGCGCCAUCGCCAGCGCUUCGCCGAGCUCGAGGUGGUGCUGCAGCCCGAGAGGCGUCGGGGGCUCAUCGAGGCGGCACACCUGGGGCCCGACGGCACCCACCACACCCGGCACCAGACGUGGCACGACCUGUCCAAAAACUACUGGUGGCGAGGUAUUUUAAAGCAAGUAAAAGAUUAUAUUAAAGAGUGUAGCAAAUGCCAAGAGAAGCUGGAUCGUGCUCGCCCAAUAUCAGAUACUUCUGAAAUGUUGGAAGAAUUGGGAUUAGAACUAGAAUCUACUGAAGAGAGUAACGAAACAGAUGAUGACCAAAGCAAUCCUGCAUCUGUUCCAAGUGCAGUGUCCAAGACUGUGAAAAAGAAACCAAUAUCCAAACAUGAACUUGUCUUUGUUGACACUAAAGGUGUUGUAAAACAGUCUUCACCAAAACAUUGUCGAGCAGUCUUAAAACAGCUGAAUCAGCAGAGACUCAACAAUCAGUUCUGUGAUGUUACUUUGUUGAUUGAGGGAGAAGAAUACAGAGCUCAUAAGUCUGUUUUGUCAGCUAACAGCGAGUAUUUCCGAGACCUUUUUAUAGAAAAGGGAGCUGUAUCCAGUCAUGAAGCUGUGGUGGAUCUGUCAGGCUUUUGUAAGUCAAGUUUCCUUCCUUUACUGGAGUUUGCUUAUACUUCAGUGUUAAGUUUUGACUUUUGUAGCAUGGCGGAUGUUGCCAUUUUGGCCCGCCACCUUUUCAUGUCUGAAGUCUUGGAAAUCUGUGAAAGUGUACAUAAACUAAUGGAGGAAAAGCAGAUUACUGUGUACAAAAAAGGUGAAGUACAAACAGUUGAAUCUACUCAAAAUCUACCAGAGCAUAAUGAAGGUUCAGCACAAACUGUGGCCAAUGUUGAAGAAGUUGUACCCCCAGAACUUGAAACUAGUGCAUUUGUGUCCCCUAUAAAUGGAGAAUUUCCAGGUGAUGGGCAGGAAGGUGGGAGUACACAGCAGCUUGAACCCCAGGUUUGUUCAGAAUCUCCAUCUGUUUUAGUACACACAGAAAAUGUAACUCAUUCACAUUCUGGAAUAAAGUCUGAAACAGUGUCAAGUAGCAACAUGAUAAUUCUUGAAAUAGAAACUUCAGAUACCAGAAAAGAUGACAAAGUUUCCAAUGCACUUUCCACUCCUACUGUGGUAGAAGAAAGGGAUACUAAUACUCCAGUAGACAAAGAAAUGGAAAACAAUGAGGACAGCAAAUCAGUUGAAGAUGUCUGUGCUGAAGACAUUGAAGAAGAUCACAAGCAAAAACGUAGCCGACCAGCACAAGUCCAAGGAAGCCCUGUUGGACAACAGGAGAAGGCAACUCUCAGCCCUGAUGACACUUAUAAAAGCAGGCUCCGUCAGCGCUCUGUUAGUGAAGGUGGAUAUAUACGACUACAUAAAGGAAUAGAGAAAAAACUUCAGAAUAGAAAAGCCAAUCCUAAGUCUGCAGUUCAGCAGGUUGCUCUGAAAUUGGUUCAAAGAGGGAAAAAAAUGAAGCAGCCCAAAAGAGAGGCUAAUGAGAACACAGAGGAAGAAACAACACACAGAUGUAGUGAAUGCGGAAUGGAUUUUCAGAGACGCUAUGCACUUAUCAUGCACACGUUGAAACAUGAAAGAACUAAAGAUUACAAGUGCCCAUUGUGUAAAAAAGAAUUUCAAUAUAGUGCUUCUUUACGAGCACACCUCAUUCGACAUACCCGAAAAAGUGAUGUACCUACUUCCUCUACUGCUGAAGAAGAUUCAGGAGCAUCAACUGAAAAGGGUCGCACCAAGAGGGAGUUUAUAUGUUCUAUAUGUGGAAGGACAUUGCCCAAACUAUAUUCUCUCAGAAUACACAUGUUGAAGCACACAGGUGUAAAGCCACAUGCUUGCCAGGUCUGUGGAAAAGCUUUCAUUUACAAGCAUGGUUUAAAAUUACACCUGGCUCUUCAUGAAGCACAGAAACAGUUCCAGUGUGAACUCUGUGUUAAGUCUUUUGUCACCAAGCGUAGUCUUCAAGAACAUAUGAGCAUUCAUACAGGAGAGUCAAAAUACCUUUGCUCAAUCUGUGGAAAGUCUUUUCAUAGGGGCUCUGGACUCAGCAAGCACCUAAAGAAGCAUCAGCCAAAACCUGAAGUUCGAGGUUAUCAGUGUACUCAAUGUGAAAAAAGUUUCUUUGAAGCUCGAGAUCUCCGCCAGCAUAUGAACAAACAUCUUGGUGUGAAGCCAUUCCAAUGCCAAUUUUGCGAAAAAUGCUAUAGUUGGAAGAAAGAUUGGUAUUCUCAUGUAAAAUCUCAUUCUGUUACAGAGCCUUAUAGGUGCAAUGUAUGUGGCAAGGAAUUUUAUGAAAAAGCCUUAUAUAGAAGACAUGUAAAGAAAGCUACUCAUGGGAAGAAAGGAAGAGCUAAACAAAAUCUGGAACGUGUAUGUGAACAAUGUGGAAGAAAAUUCACUCAACUACGGGAAUAUAGAAGACAUAUGAACAACCAUGAAGGAGUUAAGCCAUUCGAAUGCUUAACAUGUGGGGUUGCUUGGGCUGAUGCACGUUCCCUGAAACGCCAUGUAAGAACACACACAGGUGAACGGCCUUAUGUCUGUCCUGUAUGCAAUGAAGCUUAUAUUGAUGCUCGAACACUUCGAAAACACAUGACCAAAUUUCACAGGGAUUAUGUGCCUUGCAAGAUUAUGCUGGAGAAAGAUACCCUUCAGUUUCAUAACCAGGGAACUCAAGUGGAACAUGCCUUUAGCAUCUUAACAUCAGGCAUGCAAGAACAAGAAAGCAGUGGUCCUCAGGAAAUUGAGACUGUAGUAGUGACCGGAGAAACCAUAGAAGCCAUUGAAGCUGUUGCAGCUACUGAGGAAUGUGCAUCAGUGUCAACUCUUUCGGACCAAAGUAUUAUGCAAGUAGUUAAUUAUGUACUGGCACAGCAGCAAGGACAGAAAAUAUCUGAAGUAACAGAAGCUAUUGAAACUGUAGAAGUUGAGGUGGCACAUGUUUCAGAACCAGAGUGAGCACAGUAAUGGAGGUAGAGGAAAUUUUGGUGAUGACUCUUCCUGUGCCAUAAACUUGCACAUGUUUACAACAUAUGACUUACAGCUCAGAGUCCCUAUUUCAAGGUUUUUUGCUGCUUGAUGACGUUCUCUCUGCAUUGCUAAAUAGUCUCUCCAGCCUGUAGGUUCUGUCAAGAAGUCUCUCACUUUCUUUCUGUCUCUGUCUCUCUCCUUCCUCCCUAAUUUUAGUCAUCUAGUAUAGAGAAAUUGGAAACAAAUCUUUCUAUUUAAUUGUUUAUCAUGGUAUGAUUUUUAAUGGAUUAAUUUUUACAAAGAUUGUACUUAGAACAGUACAGUUUCAGUCCUGUUUUCACUUUAUUUUGAAUGUAUAUUUUGAAGGAUACUUCCCCACUGGGCUUGCUGUCUUUUUAUCAUCAAAAUAUGAAGAUAAAAUUUUGUGAUUUGACUUGCCCUAUUUAUACAGAUUGAAAAGAAAAUUCAGAUACUAAAGCAUUUUACUAGUGUCUCUAGGUACACUAUUGUGUACAAUAUUAGUUUUUAAUGUCUUUAAAUCUGUGAUUUGUGUCUUACUGUUUAAAUUCAACCCUCUUACAAGUCCAGGACUCUUCAUUUUAAAGCACUUAUUAAGCCACAUGGUUAUAAAUCAAGUUUGUACUUGACUAUGUAGGCAAUCUAUAACUGAGUAUUUGUCCUAGUUUUUUUUUUUUUAAUGCCAUGAAAUUGCAUAGUAGGUCCAGCAAAAUAGGCCUUGUUUUGCCAUCUCUUCAAGGCAAGGAAAUUGACCCUGAGGGUGGAGAGCUUUGUCAUUGUUGAAAUUGAACAUUGUUAAUGAGGAAAAUCCUUCCAUGUUAACUUUAGUACAAUAAGUGGAAAGUCUUGUUCUUUUGCUUUAGCAUGAACAAGUCAAAACUAGAUUUAAUGUUUUCAACCAUCGUAUCAUGUUUAAUUGCUUAAUUUAGUUGAAAAACUGAAUCAAUUUAGAAACAGAAUAGCCACCAACACAUGCAAUAAGUUACAAGAAUACUGCGUAAUAGUCAAGUUCAGUAAUAACAAAUUCUUUGCAGCCCUCACUACAAUGUACUAAUCUGAAAAAUAUUAUUCAUUUGUAACCCACCUGAUUGUUGAAAAUGAAUUCAAUAAAAAAUAGAUUACAUGGAAGCUGAAAAUUACAUUUAUUCAAGUGUAUAUAUUUUUGGAAAUGUUCACAUCUGUAUUCAAGUUUACCAAUCUCUCACCUUUCCAAAAUCACCAAGAUAGCCUUGGUAGCUCCACCUAAAAAACUAUUACUUACAAUGUAAUUAUUAUAAUUCAAGUGUUUGGAACAAUUGUAAAAUGCACAAUUUAACAAAAAAAAAAAAAGAAGUUACAGGUGAACUGUUCCUAAAGCACAAGAAAAGGAUGUGCCUUGAUUUAUACACAAUACCAUGAUAUUUAUUCCAAUUUGCCUAUAUAAUGUGACUUUAAGGGCAAGGAGUAAAUAUGUUAGCCAUGCAUGUAUUAGAUUUGCAUAUAUUAUAUUUGCUUUUGCAAAUUUUCCAAUCUUGUAAUAGUUAUAUGGCUGACAUUCAAUCUUAGGAAGAAAAUUUAAAAAUAGUCCAACUUUUAAAAGGCUGCUUCUUUGGGGGUUGGGAGUGGGGGGUUUGUUUGUUUUUUGUUUUUUUAGGCUCUUAUGAAAAUUUGUUUCAACUUGACUAAAAUUUGGAAUUAUCAUUUUUGUUCACACAUACUCUUGUUUAUAGUAUUGGAUUUACUGAGUUGUAAGACAAAUAGACCAUUGAUGUAUGUCAUAAAUAUGUAAAUAAAACCAGCUGUUGAAUCUUGCUUAAAA